GGUACCUUCAAAGUCUUAAUGUUUCAACCUGCACGGGGUUGGUGACAAAGGAUGCUGAGGGGAAGCCAUGUCACGGUGCCCCCGCUUCGGCGGAGCAUUCGAUGUUGCGAGGUGGUGUCAAGAAGAGCACGGGGACGAGGAUGGGCUGGCAGACUACUUGCCCGAGUCCUUGGCAGGAAGCACCGACAGCUCAACUUUAGGUGCAUCUCUUCUGGCUGCCGUAGAGGCAUGUCAGGAGCAUCACUACCGGAUGCUCGGCGUUGCCUUGAAAAUGUCACGAUUGAGAUCAUGAUUCUAGUCACGGCCUUCCCCACUGAGACAAACAUCAGGAUCAGCUGCGAAAUGCACCGACACGUGGAGCAGGUCCUUGGCAAGCCGUCAAGGCCUCCGAGGCCUAGGCCACCUCCUCGAGAGACUUUGCGUGAGCGCCCUCGCACCCUUGGGCCGAGAGCUGCACCAAGUCUGGCCUCCGGGCAAAGGUUCGCAGCUUGUGCGCCACCACGCACGUCACAGCCACACACACCCCGUGAGGCAAUGAACCCCCGUGCUCCGUGUACACCGUCUACAGGCCGCCCAAGACCAGCGUGGUGCCAGGUGAAGCCUUGCCCGGUACAGGAGGCCGAUGACCAGUCUUUCAGAGAAAAGUGGGCAGCUGCGCUGGCUGAGAUAGCAGAGGCCGUUCAUCGACUGCGUGUGCUAACUGGUGAUGAAGGAGACAUGCUGCGAGAUGCAGCUCCUCCUGCGCCACUUGCGCCGCCUCCUCCCCCACUGCCUCUGACAAAGCCUGAGCCACACCCAGUCCCUCCACCUUUGCCUCGGUCUCGGUCGCAUCAUGUGCCUCAUCCACCAGAGCGGCCGGUGUGUAUGGCAUGGGAGUCGCGCACGCAGAGAACGUGGGAAGCUGCGGAAGACAUCCCAAGGGCCACAGCAAAAGCACAAGCUGUUCACAAGUUCACCACAGCUGCACAGCCGCAGCCUCUGGGUGCCAGCUUGCGAGAUGCAGCUCCUCCUGCGCCACUUGCGCCGCCUCCUCCCCCACUGCCUCUGACAAAGCCUGAGCCACACCCAGUGCCUCCACCUUUGCCUCGGUCUUGGUCACAUCAUGUGCCUCAUCCACCAGAGCGGCCGGUGUGUACGGCAUGGGAGGCAGGGUCGUGCACGCAGAGAACGUGGGAAGCUGCGGAAGACAUCCCAAGGGCCACAGCAAAAGCACAGGCUGUUCACAAGUUCACCACAGCUGCACAGCCGCAGCCUCUGGGUGCCAGCUUGUACGAUUCUUCGCCAGUGACCUACGCAGAGCUGCAGGCGGCAGAGCGCUGGAUGCCAAGGUCCCCAGCUGCUGCAGUUCCACGUUGGCACUUGGAUGGGAUACAGGAAGCAACGGCAAGAGCUGCCAGCUCCAGUCGUUGGAGACGGACACAAGCCACCAGGGGCCUGAGGACUGAAGAGCUUUUGCAGAGCUCGCAGGUUUCCCAGCGGGAGAUGCGAGAAGAUCCACAGCAUUGUUUGGCCGAUUUGAGACUGCGACUCCUUUCAGAGUGUGAUAAGAAGAGACUGCGCUUGGUCAUCCAGAGUGAGAAAAGCAGCCCAACACUUGCAGGAAGAGGUCAAGAGGGCUUGACAGCAAAGAGUUGCACCGUGCCAUGGGGUGAUGAUGUGGCAAACUCGGGACAUUUUCGAGGCAAGAGCGCGCCUUCAACCGAAAGCAUGUUCGAGCCGCACCAAGCCUUGGAUGCAAUGCAAGCUGGAUGCACCGAGCAUGACUGGCAAGCCUUGGACAUGAAAAUCUCCAUGCUGCCGAACUUGAAUGUGCCAACACUUGGGCAGGAUGGCGCAACUGGUGGCAUAUCGACUUCUGCAGAGGAUAUGCUGGCAGCUGACUCUCACAACCCAUGCAAACUCUCAGCAAAGAAAGAAGGUAUGGUUGGUGUAACCUGCCCUGAUGGAGUGUGGUUGACACCAUCAUUUCAGCCUUUUCCUUCGGCCAUUUCUUUGGGAGAUGCUGCAGAGUGUGAGGUUCAGAGGGCGGCACAUGAUGGCCCAGCUAUGGGAAAUUCCUCAUGGCACUGUCCAGCCCAGAGUCAGGAAGUCGCUGUGCAUCGAGAAGUUGAAGGGCACGAUUUGGAGGAGAUCAUCUCUGAAGUUCUUGACCUGUUUGAUGUGGCAUCCGAGGAGUGAUGUUGGAAUCUAUUUCGCUGCACACGUAAUCAUUUUUGGAGGUUUGCUUUGCCAAAAACAUUGGGCAAGCCGCAAGCCGAAAUUCCUAAAGCAAACUGAUGUCCUUCGGAUUUCAAGUUUGAACUGGACAGCCUACCACGAGGGAACUGAGGA